AUGAUGUCCGUUGAUACCACAUUUACCGUCCCCCAGGGACAAAAGGCGCCCUCUUCGGCUGCUCUGCCCUCCAUCCAGCCCACAACGAACGGCACCUCUCUCCAGGCGGCAAACGCGAGCAAGAUGGCCGGACAAGCCGGCGGACACACGCACAUCUUCCUGGUGACUGGCCCUGCCGGGUGCGGCAAGAGCAGCGUUGCCGAGUACCUGGCAAACGCACUCAACAUGCCCUACAUCGAGGGCGACUCGUUCCACACCCCGGCCAACAUCGAAAAGAUGAGAAACGGAAUCCCGCUGACGGAUGCGGACCGCUGGGACUGGCUGACGGCCCUCCGCGAGGAGUCGAUGCGCCAGAUCAAGGAGGGCCAGACGGGCGUCGUCAUGACCUGCUCGGCGCUCAAGCGCAAGUACCGAGACGUGAUCCGCGUCGCCGCCUACUACGACCACCGCCUGCUCAUCCACUUCAUCUACCUCGACGCCUCGGAGGAGCUGCUGAUGCGGCGCGUCGCCCAGCGCCAGGGUCACUACAUGGGCGCCAACAUGGUGCACAGCCAGUUCGACAUCCUGGAGCGACCUUCUGAAAACGAGACAGACGUCAUCACCAUUGAUGUCAGCCGAACCCUGGCCGAGGUGCAGCAGGAGGCUCUGGCUAGGGCCAUUGAGACCAUCAAGGAGGACCAGGAGAGCCAAUAG